AAACGUGUUCAAAAUGCCUGAAGCAAGCACAGCCGUGUUCGAGAAGGAUAAUUUCAAUGCAGAAAAGUACGUGAAAAAUCUAGUGCAAGAUUGUGUCGGCGGUCCGGAACUGCAGCAAACGAAGCAAAAAAUCCAAGCCCUAAGUGAGACCGUAUCAUCGACGCUGAAAAAACAUGUGUACGAAAAUUACAUGCAGUUCAUCGAGACGGCAAAGGAAAUCUCGCAUCUCGAGUCGGAAAUGUAUCAACUGUCGCACAUAUUGAUCGAACAGCGUAAUUUACUAACAACACUGCGGGAUGAAUCGUUGCUGGACGAUCAGAAAAACAUUAUCGAAGAGCAAAGCCUCGAUCCGAAUGUGAACGAGGAGCAACAAAACCGGAAAGCAAUACAGCUCAUUAAGGAAUCGUUGAUCGGCUACAAGGGAAAUCUCGAUGAUAAAGUGUUCAUCCACGAAGGUGGGCUGAUCGAGCUGGAUUCGAACGAUUAUCGACCCAUUUGUCGCAUCCAUCUGUUUUUGUUCAACGAGGUGCUCGUACUGGCCAAAGUGCGAAAUGAGAAAAAGCUUGAAUUCCAAACCGAAUACGAAACAAAGAAGAUCGCCGUCAUCAACAUCAAAGAUCUCGACGGGGUGAACAAAAAUGCGAUCAAUGUCAUCACCAGCGAUGGUGCACGCAUGUUCCAGUGCAUAAACUCAGCCACCAAGCAGGACUGGAUUGACAAGUUCGAGUUGGCCAUUAAAUUCCACCAGCUGAAGAAACCGAAAAAGGCGCAAGCUCCUCAACCACCAACAACCCUGAAGUUUGAGGCACCGCAAAAAUCUACCGACAGUGAGCUGCUCACCCUUAGUCCAACAGCUUCGGAAAUGGGUCGUGUCAUCGUGGAAAAUCUACCACCCGAAUGGCUCGUGACGGCACCGGAAGAAAUUCAGGCCGAAAUAGCACAGCGACACUUUGAAGAUUGUUUGGCACUGUUGCAAAAGUGCGAAGAACAUCUUGCCCAGGACAGUAGCUUCCACGGAGCCGGAGAAAUUGUGGAAAAAAUAAAAUCCCUCAAAGCGUCCCUCGCGUCGGUGCUAAUGCACGAGCUGUCCAAUUCGCAAAGCCGCAGUUUGCAGGCAGCGUUACGCUCGAGCCGUCGGCCACUAAAACUGCUGGUAGAAAUGGACAAAUCACGCGAAGCUUGCGGUAUACUGUUGCGCGUUUGCACCAGUGCAAUCCGUUCCUCGCAGCGACAGGCACGGCGCAACAAUUUGGCCGUAUCGGAGCUCUUCUUCUGCGAUGUGGCACUUGUCGCAAGUGAAUUUCUGCGUGCAUUCAGUACGAAAGCUUCCUGCACAAGUGCGCUGAUCGUCUGGUGCAACAUGGAACUGCAGUACUUUGCCUCACAGCUCAUAAAGCACUAUCUCACAAAGGACACUCAGCUGGAGAUGGUUGCGAAGGUGGUUGAAGGUGUGCGCGAACCGUGCCUAAAGUUGCGCGAAAUCGGGCUCGAUCUGUCCUACCACAUGGAGGGUUUGUUGCGAAGUACGCUUGGGCAGCUGCUAGAUGAAGCACGCUACCGGUUGGUCGAUUCGAUCGGUCGUACCGAGGAUCCGUGGCAACCGUACAACUUACAAACCAAAACUGGCCUACGUUCACUGCUGAAGGAGUUCGAUGUGUUGGGCAUCGAUUUUCGUGCCUACGUUACCGGUGACACGUGGAUCAAUCUGACACAAGCGACGGUUAAUUUCUGUCGCCAUCUGCUCCAAACGACGGAGAGCUGUGCGUAUCUAGCGAAGUAUGAUUCACUGCAACGCGAUGCGGAGAUACUUAUCCGUGAGCUGUUCCUUUCACAGCAUUCGAACAAACCACCCAACUCACUAAAUGCGGACAUGAAUUUUGUAGCGAAGAACAAAACGUACAUGGCAGAAGUAUUAUUGCCUAUCGCGAUGAAACGAUUCGAACGGAUUGCGGGUAAAAAGCCGGAGCUGCUCAUGGAGUUACACGGUCAGCUGCGAACUGUUCCACCAAAACCGAAACCACGUAGUGUUUAUCAGACCGAUGUGCUGUAA